CCAUUUUAUUUGGCCUUUGUGGGCAAUCAUAAAUUUGUUAAUCGGAGAUAAUGAAGAAAAUGUUUAGCAAAUAAAUAAAUUUUGGUUUCAAAUAUUGAAUAGUUGAGUUCUAGCAUUUUACGUUCAAACAUGAAAUUAUUUGGUUUGGUUGUGAUUAUUUCGAUUUUAUGCGGCAGUUUUGCUGCUGUCAUGGUUGCCAAGAUGGGAGAUCCGGAGCACCCUGGCAAGUGUGUUUAUAAGGAUUUGAUUUUGUCACCCGGCGAAAGUGGUUAUCCCGAGGGCAGAUGUCUUCGUGUCUUGUGCUUUGGUGCUGAUGGUAGCGGCAGAAUUCAUACUUGUGGAUCGCAAGGAGCACAGCCACCCUGUGUUAUGGGUGAUUACAUGUACCCCGAUGCUCAGUAUCCCCAGUGCUGUGAAAAGGAAAUCAUUUGUCCCGACAAUGUAGACGAACAUGAAAAUGAAUUAUUUUAAAAUACCAAUACUUGGAAACGAGAAAUGGUCGGAUAUGGAAUUUUUGAUUUGAUUUGAGAUACGCAAUCUUGAAAAUGGAAAUAAUUAAAGGCUAAUUUUUUUUUUACAAAAUUAGAUGACAACAAGUCGUUAAGUA